UGGGAACAGUCAUGUUUGUUGAUUAAGCCAAUCUGAGCGUGAGAGCAUAUCCGCAAUCGCUCUUGUCAAACCGCGGGUACGGGUUGUCUGCUGGCUGCUGUUGUACGGUUACGACGAGCAUCUUCGGAGAAUAAGAAGGUUUUGUGUGCGCGUCCUUUCCUUUCUGCUCAGAGGUAUUUGCCGCUGUCUAGUAAGUGCUGUUCACAAUGGAUACACAAAGAAACACCAGCAUUCGAAGCGGUUAGGCCUAGCCGCACCAUCAAAUCUGUGUUUGUGGAAAGUUUUCGGAUUCUACGUUGCGCUGACGAGUGUGAUAGUGUUGUUUUCGUUAAUUUGUUUACAUUUCGCAAAUGGCGCUAGUGUGCUGCAAUCAGCGCUAGUUUCGACCAAACAAAGUUGUUAAGCCUAUUCUGUGUUUUUACGUGGCUAUUUGACUAUUGAUGCCAUAAAUCAUGUAUCCGGCCCGCCACCCUGGCCCACCUCCUCAGGCAGGCCAGCCAUUUAAAUUUACGGUAGCUGAAUCCUGUGAUAGAAUAAAAGAAGAAUUUUCCUUCCUACAAGCCCAAUAUCAUAAUUUAAAAUUAGAGUGUGAAAAAUUAGCAAGUGAAAAAACAGAAAUGCAGAGGCAUUAUGUGAUGUAUUAUGAAAUGUCCUAUGGUCUCAAUGUAGAAAUGCACAAACAGACUGAAAUCGCCAAAAGGUUAAAUGCCAUCAUAGCACAAAUUUUACCGUUCCUAUCUCAAGAGCACCAGCAGCAGGUGGCAGCUGCGGUAGAGAGGGCGAAACAAGUUACCAUGACAGAACUGAAUUCCAUUAUUGGGGGCUCUGUUGAUAUGAGGUGGCCGACAAAUGCAGUGCAACAGAUGCAUGCCCAGCAGCUUCCUCCUCACGCGCACGCGCCUCCCCUUCCCAUGAUGCCCCACGCGGCAGCCAUGGCGGGACUCCAACCUCCUACCUUACCCCCUAGCAGUGCAGCAGGGCUGCUAGCGCUAUCGAGUUCCUUAGCGGGCGCUGGACCCGCAGCACACCUUUCAGCCGCUGUCUCCUCUGCUGCUGCCCUCAAGGACCACAGGGACGAAAAGAGGUCGAGCUCAGCUCAUAGCUCCGAAGACAGACACGAUAUGGCCUCUGCUCUCCUGAAUAUUAGAGCUAAAGCCCUCUUAGCAGCAGAGCGAAAUUCCAUAUCACCCAAUGAUAGGGAAAAGUUUAGAUCUCGGUCUCCAGACGUUGAUCAUGAUUUAAAGAAACGGAAAAAAGAAGAAAAAUGCAUGGAUAGUGAUGGUGAAAAAAGUGACCAAGAGCUGGUUGUAGAUGUUGCAAAUGAGGAUUCUGUGGGUCCUCCAAAUGGUGCGCCAAGCCCUCGUGAAAAUGGAACUGACAAAGUAGUAAAAAAGGAACAUGGUUCACACAGUCCUCAUAGUAGUAUAUCAUCAAAUGCCAGUACUCCUUCAUCCAAACAUAAAGAUAAUGAAAAGUCUACUACUCCUGUUCCAAAAUCUGUGACUCCAACUAGUUCUGGCGGCAGCACUCCUGGCUCCAGUGGUAUGAAAUCUCUUCCUAAAGCUCCUCCUUUGGGCCCUACUUACCCUUACCCUUUACAUGGCCCUGCAGGAGGGCAUCCUGGUCUUCCAGCUGAUCUUAGUUCCAGUGCCGCAUUUUCUCAGGGAGUUCUUCAUAGCAAUAUGUCUCCAGCUCUUAAUAACUACUCUCGGACUUUGGUUGGCUACGAUCCUCAUCCAUCAAUGCGUGCACCUGCAUUUGGAGCUAUUUCUGGUGGAAAACCAGCUUAUUCCUUCCAUGUAAGUGCUGAUGGCCAAAUGCAGCCUGUUCCAUUUCCUCCUGAUGCACUAGUAGGCUCAGGAAUACCAAGACAUGCUAGACAAAUAAAUACCCUUAGUCAUGGCGAGGUAGUUUGUGCAGUAACUAUUUCCAAUCCUACCAAAUAUGUCUACACUGGUGGAAAGGGUUGUGUUAAAGUGUGGGAUAUCAGCCAGCCUGCAAGUAAAACUCCAAUUUCACAAUUAGACUGUUUGCAAAGGGAUAAUUAUAUCAGGUCUUGUAAAUUAUUACCCGAUGGAAGAACACUUAUAGUUGGUGGUGAAGCUAGUACUAUCUCUAUAUGGGACCUUGCUGCUCCCACACCCAGAAUCAAAGCAGAGCUGACUUCAAGUGCCCCAGCAUGUUAUGCUUUGGCUAUUAGCCCUGAUUCAAAAGUAUGUUUCAGCUGCUGUAGUGAUGGUAACAUUGCAGUUUGGGAUCUUCAUAAUCAAACUCUAGUCAGGCAAUUUCAAGGCCAUACUGAUGGUGCUAGCUGCAUUGACAUCUCUAAUGAUGGGACUAAGUUAUGGACUGGUGGCCUGGACAAUACUGUACGUUCUUGGGAUUUAAGAGAGGGCCGACAACUUCAUCAGCAUGACUUCAGUUCCCAAAUAUUUUCACUUGGAUACUGUCCUACUGGAGAGUGGCUUGCCGUUGGUAUGGAAAGUAGUAAUGUUGAAGUACUACAUUGUACGAAGCCUGAUAAGUAUCAACUUCAUUUACAUGAAAGCUGUGUACUUUCUCUGAAAUUUGCAUCGUGUGGUAAAUGGUUUGUGUCUACUGGCAAAGAUAACCUCCUAAACGCAUGGCGUACGCCUUAUGGUGCCAGUAUUUUCCAGUCCAAAGAAUCAUCUUCUGUUUUGAGUUGCGACAUUUCAUCUGAUGACAAAUACAUUGUCACAGGGUCAGGAGAUAAGAAGGCUACAGUGUACGAAGUAAUCUAUUAAAUAUCAUUCAUCUUGUACUUCAACUCAUACAGACAUUCCUACAAUGCACUGGUUUGAACUGGAGCUAAAACCAGAGCGUGAUAAGCCAAGAAAUUUUAAGCAUGUAAAAUGUACAGUCUCUUGAACGGAUUGGGGUACUGUUGUGUCUUUAAAGUUUUUCAUUUUCUGAUUGACUUUGGAGUUGCAGCCUUGUUAAAUGUCUGAAUCAGAGUGGAAGAUGAAGUGAAAGCAUCCCAAGAAUGUUCGCUUCAAAUACAUGCUAGUACUGCCAGUAUUUCCAAUAAAUGUGUUGAUUGUCCUGCUGGCAGCUUGUUGAUAACAAUUGGUGAAAUAAUAUUGUACAGUAAUUUUAACAGAGAACUGUCUGCUUGUUUCUUUUUUUAGGGAAAGACAGUUUUGCAUUCUUUAGCUUAUCACAGUUGUCCAGUUUUUUCCUUAAGUGAUUUAUUUUUCCAUGCACACUUUAACAGGCUCAUCUAAGAAGAAACAACUCAACACUUAGAAUUCGAGAUCCAUAAUCAUACUAAAUGACGAGAUCUGUUGUUUUAAAAGACUUUUUAUCUUAUUAAUCAGAGCUGUGAAAUGACAUCAUAAGCUCAAAUUCUUGGGUUCUACUCAGGGUUUAAAAAGUUAAAUGAAAUCCUAAUUUGUGUAUUUCUUGCCAUAAGUUGCUUUUUUUCUCCUUCUUUUUGAGUGAAUGUAAAAAAAAAAGGAAAACUUUCUUCUUAGUUAAAUAAGAAGUUUUAUUUCCCCUGGAAAAAGUAUUAUUGAUCACAAUCUGCUAUUUUUCAAUUUAAAUUUACUUGUUUUCUUCUUUCUUUUUCUAUUGCUUCUCCACCUAAAGGGCAUUCCAGUGAGUACUUAAAUGGAUAAUUUUUCCUAGCAAAAUUCCAUUAAACAUUGUUUCAUUACUCAAUAUUUCUGCAUCUCUUGUUGAAUAUAUUUUAAUAAACAAAAUUAUAAAUUGUAUAAAUUUAAUUAUAUUAAUUGAAGCAUUAAAACAUUAGAAGUAUAUUUAAUUCUUUAAAUUAUUUAGUUAUUUGAUUUUUUGCACAUAAAAAUUAGCAUAAAUUGACUAUUAAAUAAACUAUUAAGCUGAUGUUAUAGCAGAGUUUAUUAUAAAUAUGUCAAUAUGAUAAAUAAAAAUAUUUAUGAAAUUAUACCAAGAGUUCAAAUUUUUUCUGUAAAAAAAAAACCUUUCAUCACAGGAAGAAAUAAAGUUUUAACUUGUCGUUAUACCAUAAAUACAUUAAAUGCAAAGGCCAAAUGAAAGACAAAAAUUGGAUAUUUAUUUAUUUAUUACUUUUUUUUUUCCUUUCAAUGUUUUUAACAGAUGUCAGAAUUUAUUAUUUAAUCUAGAGGUUUUAUUUAAGGAAUAUUUAAUGUACAUCAAACUAAGACUUUUGAAAUUGGAUGUAAAGCUUAGAUGUUUGAAGUGAAGGAGCAUUUAUAUAAAGGACUAAGGAUUAGUUGAUAAUGAUUAAAAUGACUGGUGAUUCUUUCAUAUUUUUGUUACUUAACAUAUAAGAGAAUGAAAAGAGUUUUAAGAUAUUUAUUUAAACUUUUUUAGGAAAGGACUGCAUGUGAAAUAAGUUUAAAUUUUUACAAAGUCUUUUUUAAUACAUGUAUGGUUUCUAGACAACUUUUUCUAUAUUUUUAAGCAGAUAUUAUAAGCUGGAAAAUGUGUGGAAAGUGAGAUUUAGUAAAUGUAAGAAUUAAUUUUUCAAGAAAUGAUGCAGCUGAUUCUUGUUAUUUUAGUACUAAUCAAAACCAAAAUUGGAAAAUAAGAAUUUAGAAUUUACAACUCUCUUUAAAAGAAAUUAAAAAAAAAAAAAAAAUUUAUUGGAUGUAAAAUAUUAACUGAUAUGCAAAAAAAAAAAAAAGUUUUAGUUGCAUUUUAUGUAUAAAAUGAAUUUUAGAAUAGGAAAAUGUCUAUAUCUAAGAUUUAAAAAUAAAUAAAUAAAAUAAAAAAACAUUUUGAAUUCACAUUCUGUAAAAUUUCCAAGAAUUUUUAUCUUUUUAUUUAUUUAAAUUUCUUGGAUAUUUUGUUACAUGAUUUUAAAUAGCAAGAAAACAGAAGCAUCAUUGAAAUAUUGUAAAUUUAUAUCCUAAUGGACAAACAUAUAAAAUUAACCUAAGAUUAAUUGAUGAAAAAUCUUAUUCUAAUGAAACUGAGCCUCAUCUACAUAAAAAUGAGUAGUCUUUCUAAUCUGCAUGUAUUUGAUUGUAUAGUGCUGAUGCUUUUUCACUUUCCACUAUUUUAAGAGUUUAUUUUGUUGGCAAUUGAUUUGCAUCAUUUUCAUGUCAUGCAAUUGAAAAAGAAAAAAAAAAAAAAAGAAAAAAAGAAAACCUUUUCCUACGUAGGUCAAAUCAUGUACAAGGGACCUGGAAGGGUCCACCAGAUCGAUACAAGCUGUGUGUUGUGCUAUUUUGUAAUAAACACUUCCAUGCUUU